AUGACGCCGACUAUCAAUCCGGCUACGCAAUCCAUCAAAAUGCUGCACUUUGGCAACAAUAAUAGUUCUCGCGCUUGCUCGGUGCAAAGGCCAAAUACUACCGCAUCCGGAACGUCUAUGUAUACAUCAGAUGUUAAAAUGAAAAACAAUCUCUUACUCUAUGCCGAAGAUGACACGAACGGCGAAGCGUCGACUUGUGGCCGCAUUCUGAUAUUCCUAUCAUGGGUAAUCGUCGUUCUGACGAUGCCGUUCAGCCUCCUCGUAUGCUUUAAGGUCGUCCAAGAAUACGAGCGUGCCGUUAUCUUUCGAUUGGGUCGCCUGAUGCAAGGAGGCGCCAAAGGACCAGGUAUUUUCUUCAUACUGCCAUGCAUAGAUGCCUACGCGCGCGUUGACUUGCGCACACGUACCUACGAUGUACCACCACAGGAGGUCUUGACGAAAGACAGCGUCACCGUGUCGGUAGAUGCCGUGGUGUACUAUCGUGUCUCGAACGCUACCGUUUCGAUUGCGAAUGUUGAGAAUGCACAUCACUCGACGCGACUCCUGGCGCAGACCACGCUUCGGAACACGAUGGGUACCCGGCAUCUGCACGAAAUCCUCAGCGAACGAAUGACAAUCUCUGGAAGCAUGCAACUCUCGCUCGACGAGGCCACUGAGGCGUGGGGAAUCAAAGUGGAGCGCGUUGAGAUCAAGGACGUACGCCUUCCGGUGCAGUUGCAAAGGGCGAUGGCCGCGGAAGCAGAAGCCGCACGAGAGGCGCGCGCUAAAGUAAUUGCGGCUGAAGGUGAGCAGAAGGCAUCUCGUGCCCUAAGAGAAGCCUCGGAAGUGAUCGGUGACUCGCCAGCAGCCCUGCAACUUCGGUACCUUCAGACACUCAAUACGAUCUCAGCCGAAAAGAACUCCACUAUCGUUUUCCCAUUACCGAUCGACAUACUGACAUACUUCAUGAAAUCGAAGGAAGCUUUCGCUGCCAACACGUAA